AUGCCACCUAAACCUGAUCCUGCUUCUCUCAGUGCACGCAGCCGUCACUCUUCAGUCUCGGCCAUCCCACGGCCGAAAUCUGGCACUUCACGCCAGGCAACGCCCGUAGCUGCUCGAGCAGAUAGAAGGGGCUCGGCAGCAGUGACAAGUCUCCCCAGAAUUCCUUACAUGCACCGGAAAUCAUGGCAUCGUGAUGACUUUCUUCCACCGAGCUCGUUCCGGAUGGCCCAGGCUGAGGCACCGACGCCCAAUAAAGAGUCCUUAGUUCCGUACAAGCAACGGUCCCAUCAUGAUCUGUCUGGAACCCGACAACAGCUCUAUAUCCGAAACAUGUCCACGCACUCCUUGAGCAGUCAUGAAGCUGUUGUCGCUCCGUAUCAUCUCAAGCAGGUAUCCAGCACUACUGCACUGCCAAAGUCCAAGACGAUGGGAAGCCUCCUGUCUUCACCUCGCGAGAUAAUCACUAGACGACGCCUCCUUCAACCCCUCGACCCACCUCUGCCGCGAACACAAACUCUAGGCAAUAUCUCAUGCUUCGCUCCGACACAUCAAACGCCAUCUCCAAGAAAGCCAAUCUCUGUCUCACUGUCCUCCUCAGAACAGCAUCAUGAUAAUGUAAGUCAGCUUAAUGUCGCCGACGCAUUGAACGAAAGUAGGAUGACAGAGAAAGAGAUGGACUUAAUGAUACAAGUUCAGAGAGAAGCGGCAGUCAAUCGCGCUCGACUUAGAAAUGCUUGUCAAUACCGAAAUCCUCCAGUAAGGAGCACGGCUGAACCUGCACCAACUCUGAAGCUGUCACUGAACGAUGUUGCCAAUACACAACGUCUGGAAAGCAUGAAGAGGACGUCAUCAUCUGGUCGGCUUUUGUUCAUCAAUUCCACUUUAGCGAAUAUAAACUGGCGAGACAGUGACAUUCCAACUUCGACAACAAUGACAACCAGUAUUGGAAGCGUCACGAGCUCGAGCCCGAGCCAGAUUUCGGACAUUGAUGCAAGACAUGUGAGAGACGGUCAAGUAUGUUAUCGCCGUCGAGCGUUGUUAACCCUCAGACAGGUGUACGCCGCAGAGGACGCAUCGUACUGGACUGGCCGAUAUAUGUCUCUCUGUGACCGACUUCGCAUGAAGGAGCUGAACAGACCACCUCAAUCGCCCGCAGGGUCGACCGAAAAGAAGGCUGACCGUCUUUUCGAAAAUAGCGAGAAGGUGCGUAUGAACAGUGCGCUCAAUGAGCUCAGAGAGCAUUGCAAGACGAAAGAAGCCUUGAAGAGCUUUGAAGACUUUGAGAAUAUCCUCCUCAAAAAGCUAGGAGUUUCGCGUCAAAGCCUCCACCGAGCCGGAAGUCUCGCGUUUGCAGGUAAAGAAGUGGAACGGCGGCUGGGCAUGUCGGGGUCAAAUGGUUUCAAACCAUUCUCGUUGAACAUGUCAACCUCUCCUGGACAUGCCUCGACACCAACCAGCAGAGUAUCAAGCGUCAAUGCUGAGGCCGUGUUGACCGAAACUUCCAAAGCGUUCUACGGCGAAGGCACUAUGGCGAAAAGCAAGACCACAGGCAAUUUGGCAUCUCUCAUUCCUCUCAUACCAAAGAGACAGCAUGUUAUUGAGGGCAAGUCUUUGCCGAAGUCGAAUACUGUCCAGCUCACUUCACAUCGUCGUCGAACAUCCUACUUUGAGUGUUCUCCCGAGACUCGAGCAAAGGCUAUGAAGGAGCGAGAGGAGCGUGCCUCUCGCAGAGCAGCCGAAGCGCACCGACUUUCAAACCCACAAAUGCCUUCUGUAAGUGUUUUCAGGAGUCGAGGCCGGAGUAAGGAUCCAGUACCAUCCCCAAUGGCUGUGCAAAUCUCAGGAUCUGUUCAGCCUCAGUUCUUCUCUUCCUGUUGCAAAGUCGAUGCCUCGGGAGAAGUGACAGACUCUUUGAGUGUGGCAAUGCUCGAGAGUGGACAUGUUCGCCCGCCUCCAAAGGCGGCAAAUAACACCUUGCCAUCACGAGUGGAGCUGGUCGAGGUGCCUGGAGGUGGGCAAGAGAAGAUCGUCAAAUCACGGCGUAAGACUGAGAGACAGAUCAGCGGAGAGAGGGUCAAGACCCUAUUCGGAGCCGGAAUGCGAGAGGUCAAGAAGAUGGGACGCCGAGUCAGUGGGAUGAGUUGGCCUGGAAGUAGCGACGACUUGUUGCCGCCGAGAAGCGGGAGCAAGUGA